GUCAGCUGAUGAGAUCAACACGAGUGGCGUGUUGACUGUGGGUGGAACUCAGAGGGGUUGUAUCAGUCCUACUCGCAUCUCGGCGGCGUGUGGCUGUGUCAGUAACCAUCAUGGGGUGGUGUGUGACGGUGACGAUUUUUGUGGUCGCAUGUUUUAAUGUGGUGGAGUUUUCCUUUGCCCAGUCUCGACUACAAAAUGCUGGAGGAGUACCAUUACCCGCGGCACCUGCGUCACCUCAGCAGGUACCUGUAGCGACCAGAAUAACAUCAAGAGGGAGAUCUCUGCAAGGAGGAGUGCCUCUACCAGUGGCACCAGAAGAGCCUCAGCGUGGUCGCCAAGGUGUGACGCUUGCCAGUGCCUCUGGUCAAAAUCCCACCGUGUCAGGGGGCGUGGCACUGCCGUCACCCAGUCGCGGACCUACACUUGGUACUGGAGUACCACUCCCUAAGCACCCUGUGGUUGUGGUCCCCUUAAAUCGGAAUCAUGGGGUGCCACUUCCUCGGCCAAGCGUACUCCAAGGACAGGGCUCUCCUUCUUUCACCGGUGGAGUGCCUCUCCCACCACACACAAGUGCAGGUGCAGGUGGGGUUGCCCUUCAAAGAUAUCCUACCUUAAUUGAAGGAGUAGCAGCCCUUAAGCCUGUGAAAAAUGUGGACAGAGAUGCUGACGUGCAGCAUGCUACCAGCCUUGCUGCUGUACAUGACUACCUGCAGCUUAAGACCAAUGCUGACAGUGCAGUCAAGAUUACUGAAGUGAUCAGUGCUCACAAACAGAUUGUGUCUGGCCAAGUCCUUUACUUGACACUGCGAGUUGGGGAAACCAAGUGCCCAAUCGGGAUUCCCAGCCUGCAGAACUGUGUGCUAGAUCAUAGUGAAGAUGAUCAUGUAUGUGAAGUGGCACUUUGGGAGAGGCCAUGGCUCAACAGCUCUAAAGUCAUCAUGGAAAAGUCCAGGUGUGCAGAAGCAGAAGAUGACAAUGACUUCAAUAGGUGGGGACCUCAGAUGUUGUUGCCUGUGCCCUCUGCUUCAGAAGUGACAGUGCUGGUACUCCCCAAGGGAGUGGAGGAACAGCAAGUUGGUGUGGAAGCCUUCAACUAUAUUGACCGUGGUUCUGAAUCAAAAUUCAGAGGUGAACUGAUCACAUAUGAUAUAACUAGCAUAAAGUUUGACCCGCAGACAGACACAACACAGAUACAGGUGGAUGUGGAGUAUGGAUUCACUCUCUGUCUCAGGUCUCGUGACCAGCUGACAGACAAUCGGGAAUGUCCUCCUGAUAUGCGACGUGGCCAUUAUGUUUGCUCAGUGGUUGUGUUGCAUAACCCAAAUCAGAUAACAAGUCUUGAGGUUGUCCCCAUUCUAGAUGAUGAUAAUGAUAUACAUUGUGAAAGGAAGAGAAAUGUGGAGGAAGAAUUAGUGGUGCCUGUAGCUGCCUCAUGCUCUGGAUGUCCCCACCCAACACCCCUGAAUGAUCCCACUGUUCUUGAAGUAGCUGAUUUUGCUAUAAAGGAGUAUGAUAGAACAUCAUCAGAUGAAGAUAACUUGCACAUCAUCCUGCAGCUCAUCAAGGCUCACAGUCAGGUUGUAGCGGGAGUAAGGUAUUUCCUCUCAAUGGAAAUCGCUGAGAGCCUUUGUAAAAAGACGGUCACUGGUGUUGAUGUGAACAGGACUUUCUGUGACCAAGAUCCAACUGAAGAAACAAAAAUGUGUGACCUGCAUGUCAUUGACCAACCUUGGAUACCAGCCAGAGAUCUUAUAAGUGCAAAAUGCUAUGAUAGAGACAGCUACCCAUCCUCAAGCCAUGAUGAGUUCAUUGUACCAGUCAGCUUUGGAGGUAGCUUAGCAACAGCAGGUCCAGACACUCCCAUACUGCUUGGGAGUGAGAGCCAAUCAAAUGUAGAUGAAAACUCAAUGGGAGCUGUGAGGUUCAUAGUUGAUGAGUACAAUCGUCGAGAAGAUGACCAGGAAUAUUAUAAGCUGGUGCAGGUUCAUGAAGCUUCUUCACAGAUUCAUGGACAAAAUGGAAGGCGGCAUCACAUUGUUGUGGAGCUUGGGGAGACCCAGUGCAGGAAAGGUGACCCAUCCACUGGGGAGCAUUGUCCUCUUGACCCUACUGAGGAUCAUGAGGUGUGUGAGGCAGAUGUGUAUGAACAGCCAUCACUCCAGAAUCAUUCUUUCAGAGUCCUUAGUAUUAGAUGUGAUGACCUGGAUGAUUACCUGCAUAAGAAAUUUAUGCCAACUCUCAGUCCCUCUGAUGUCAUGGACCAUCCAUUCCUGAAUGUUGCUGAGGACACCAGUGCUGGGUAUCAGACUGUGGCAAGCAACGACUCGGCUGUCCUUAAUGCUGCAGUUUUUGUUGUUGAUCAGUUCAACUUGAGAGAGGAUGAAGAUGAAUUGUAUACUCUCAAUAGGGUGGCCUCAUCUCUUUCACAGCCAUCACCUCAUGGAGUCACAUAUCAUCUUGAGAUCGAAUUGGCUGAGACUCACUGCAAGAAAUACCAAUUUGUGGCUUCCCCAAAUCGCUGCCCUGUGGAUUACUCAGAAGAGAUGGAGGUUUGCCAGGCAGAAGUAUUGGCUCCACAGCAUCCUAGCAGCACUAUGCAGCUUGUCAGGCUCUUCUGUGAUGAAAUGAAUGACUACUAUACAAGGAGGAUUAGAGGUGACUCGUCUCAUCCAGGUGCUUCCAGCCAGGCAAUUAAUGGUGGCCCAGGAGGUGUCUGGAUGGAUGUCAGUGUGGAGGAUGAGAGCCUUAAGAAGUUGGGGCAUCUCAUUGCAAAUGAGUAUGACUUGCGAUCUGAUGAAAACAGUCUAUUUAUCUUCCACAAAGUCAUGAAGGCCCGCAAGCAGAUUUCAUCUGGCAUCAGUUACCAGCUAGUGGUGGAGUUGCUUGAGACAGUGUGUCCAAAGUAUAAACGUCGCAUCAAUAAGGCACGCUGUUCACCUGAUAUUGGUGAAGAUCAUGUGGUAUGUGAGGCACAUGUGUUCUCUCAGCCUUGGCUAAAGAAGGAUGAUAUCUCCCAUCUCCGAUGUGCUGAGAAAGAUGACUUCUUUGAAGGAGAUGAGUCUGUAGAGGUGCUCUAUCCUAAGGUUCAUCCAUCAGCCCAUGCUAGACCAGUGUUCAAGAGUCACUUUGUGGUGCGAACCAGUGAUGAGAGUGAGGAAAGCAAUGAACGUUUCUACGACCCAUCUCGACGCAGUAGUGCCAGCAGGAGCCGCGAAUCGAAGGAAGAUGACUCAGAUGAACGUUUCUACAAUCCUUUUGGUCGGACCAAUACACACCGUGAUGACAGUGAUGAAGACGAUUCCGAUGAGAGGCGACAUGUGAGGGGCCGUCGAGCUAUUCUGGGUUCCCCAUCCAGCAAUAGUUUCCCUCAAUCCUUAGUGAGAGAUUUGGCUGCCUUUGCCAUUCAGUCACUUGAUCGUAACUCAAGUGACCUUUACACAAGUGGAGUAAAGGAGAUUCUCCAUGCUGAUAUGGAGGAGGUGUCUGGAAAUCUGACAUUGGAGAUAUUGGUGCAUUCAACCACCUGUCUCAAGAAUCAACAGGAGUUGGGAUCCUGCUUGGAAGACCCUAACAAGCCAGUGUACUUGUGCAAAUUCACUCUUGUUGAGGAUCCUCAAUUAGAUGGUCAUGUACUAGAUAGUAUGUUGUGUCAUACACAAGAAAAGUAACUAUGAAUGGUUGGCAGCAUGAUUUAAAUGCUCUUUAGAUUUUAUUGAAGUCUUAAGUGACAUGAAAAAAGUAUGUUGUAUGUUGUACUUCUUGAUAUUGUACAUAUUUUAUUUGGGGUCAGUGGUAUAUUAUGUAUGUAGAAAUUCAUACAUUAGAGAACUUCUAAAAAAAAAGUUAUAUUCUCUCUCACUUUUUCUAGUGGACAAAGUCACCUUGUUCUUGUUUAAAUGAACAUAUUUUACUUACGUAUUAUGUAAUACAUAAAAAUAUGCAAUAUACCAAAAAAAUAAUACUAGUGCACAGGAGCAACAUGAUGAGAACUAAGAUUAUUGCUAGUGAUCUUGGCACUGACAGUAAAUCAACAAUAAAUCAGAUGAAUUCUUGAAAUCAUAAAAGAAGUGUGCGUGGAAUCUAUGAAAUGUGAUUUCAGUUAGAAAUUAAUGUUUUAUAUUUUUAUUUUAUUUAAUUAUAUGAUUGUGUUUUAGUAGACAGAGGUCAGUGUUUUACUUCCAUAUAGUCUGUAUGAAAAAGUAUUGUACAAAAAAUAGUUGGUUGAGUACAUUCAUUACAUUAAGAAAAAUUUUAUACAUACAUCUUGCAUAAGGAACAUAUUGCUUGAAUGCAUUUUCUUUAUUCUUGGAAAAAUCAAUACAGAUGUUUUGUUGAACAUUUCAAGCUUGGUGAAUUGCUCUUGUAACUUGUCUUUUAUUACAGCUCAUAAAUUUUGUAUUGAAAAAAUUUCUUGUGCAUAGCUAGGUGAUUUUAUUGUGAGGAUAUUUAAUGAUUUAGCAAUAAGAGCUGGUGAUCCAUCCAUAUGAUCCUAUAGAUUAUACAGCCAUGUUCUCACAACUGUCAGAGGGUUUUGUCCAUUGGCAAUUUCUGGCAACUUUCCACUAAAGAUGCAUUCUCUGGUAGUUACAGUGAUGUUCAUACAUGUAUUCAUUCUUUGGAUCAGAAAUCAAUACAUACUUUAAAAUGUAACAGGUUACAGUAAAUCAUGAUUGAAGUCUAAUUACAUGAAGUCUAAAGGAUAAAUAAUACAAAGAAUAAACAAGUAAAACUCUACAGGUAACACAUCAUGUUUCAGCAGCUGAAAAUCACAUAUGAGUUUGUCAUCUUCAAGGAAGCAUUUGUGUGAACGUCAUUUUUUUUCUGAAUUAACAAAAUCCUAUGUAUUUUGAAAAUUUCCAUUUUCAGCAAUCUCAUUUAGUAAUUUUCCCAAAUACAUAUUUUUUAAUAACAGUAUUAUCAACAAUAUAUCAUUGUUCUAGACAAAACAGAACAGAAGAUAACGUAUGUUUUAAAAAGUUUUAAUAAAAUAUCAAAUUAUCCUUAUUAAAGCAUUAUCACACAUGAAAUUUUUAUUGUGCAAAUUGAAUAAAGUUUUGUAACUAUAAUAAUAAUCACACUAAUAGUUUCAUGUUGAUAAAAGAUAAGUUGUGGUAAAAGUUGAUGUUUUGGGAUGCUGAACAAAGCACACCAAACAAUGUGACAACACACAACCAUGUAUCCAGUCCUUUAAUCAGUGAUGUAGCAAUGCUAGUAAAGCAGUGGGUCAGACCUGGAAGUGUGUGAUGAGGUAGAUGAAGGUAUGAAAUUCACUGCCAAAAGUAUUUUCUUCCUAUCCUCACUUUUAGACAGUAAAGCUCAACUACAAGAAGUUGUGGUUGGGGUUUUGGUGUGGUACUUUUUCAUACAAUCAUUCCAUGGAAGAAAUAAAACACAAAAAAUACCUGCUUAUAGCAGACAAUUAAAAAAUCUUUUCAGAAAUCCAUUUUAUUAUAUAGUAUUUAAAAAUUGUGUACUGUCUGUGAUUAGAAUUUAAGGAGAUUUAGUUAAGUGUAUAUUUAAAAGGUUGAAGAAGGACUUGUUUGUAUUUUCUUCUUAUCCAUGUCACAACAUUCUAAAUAAAAAUAGUUUUUUA